AUAGAAUUGUAUUGUUAUUAGAUAUGAUAAUUGGGUUGAGCCAAAGCAAUGGUAUCUCCACUAACAAUAGUGUUGAUUGGUCGUACAGGAAAUGGAAAAAGUGCAACUGGAAACAGUAUUCUUGGAAGACGAGCACUUAAAUCAAGGACAAGUUCUUCUGGUGUUACUAGAUCUUCUGAGUUGCAAUCUUGUGUUAGAAAAAAUGGCCAGGUCAUAAAUGUUAUUGAUACUCCCGGAUUGUUCGAUUCAAGUGUUGGAUCAGAAUACAUUGCAAGAGAAAUAGCUAAAUGUGUGGAUCUAGUGAAAGAAGGUAUUCAUGCAGUUAUCUUAGUUUUCUCAGUGAGAACUCGAUUUUCAGAAGAAGAAAUAGCCACUGUUCGAACCCUUCAAACCUUGUUCGGAACAAAAAUUGUGGACUUUGUCAUUGUUCUCUUCACUGGAGGUGACGAUCUCGAAGACAAUGAUGAAACAUUGGAAGAUUACUUGGGUCGAGAAUGCCCUGUGGGAUUGAAAGAUAUCAUAGCUGCUAGCAAGAACCGCUGCUUGGUUUUCAAUAACAAAACCAAGAAUGAAACAAAGAAGAUUGAACAAGUGGAGAAACUUAUAGAGAUGGUGCAUGGAGUUGUACAACAAAAUGGUGGAAAAGCCUACACUCAUGGCUUGUUUUCUAAUGUCAAGUUUGAGGCCAAGUUGCAAGAUGUGAAAACCAAGCUUGAACAACAAUUGGAGUUUGAAACACAAGCAAGACUUAAAGCAGAGCAGAGAGCACAAGAAAUUCAACAACAAUCCAUCGAUCAAAUUCGAGUCCUCAACGAUCGUCUACGCAUCGCGCUUGAAAAGCCACCACCACCUCCACAAAUUAUCCGUCAUGGUCGCAGGGGAGGAAGAGGUUGUGUUAUUGUAUGACUCUAUUGCAUGUACUCAAUAAAUUUUUACAAGUGAUUAGUAUAUUGCCUAUAUACUAAAUAAAAAUGCAUUAGUAUAUUGCCUAUAUACUAAAUAAAAAUGUGAAAGAGUGCGAAGAAAAAAACUUAUUUGAUUAACUAUUAUAAAAUAUAUAUUUGAAAA